AUGAAGAUCAAACCAACCUUUGGAAUCACUCUCAUUUUGUCUCUUUUGCUUGUCAGCAGCAUAGAGUCGAGGUAUGAACCAGGAGGGCAAUGGAGAAAUGUGAUUGAAGAUGAGACAUUUCAAGUAGUAACUAAAGAAAAAGAAGAUUGCCUUGAAGACAAAAAGAUUGGAAAUGAAGAGUCUUUUAUCAAGGAUAUAGAACCACGACCAAGUGUCACGUUUUAUCCAGAUGAUGCCAAAGUCAAACUUUUUACCAAAGACAUUGAACCACGACCAAGUACCACGUUUUAUCCCACUGAUGUCAAUGCCAAACUUUUUACCAAAGAUAUUGAACCACGACCAAGUACCACGUUUUAUCCAAAUGAUGUCAAAAUCAAUUUUUUUGCCAAAAAUAUUGAACCACGACCCAGUGUCACAUUCUACCCUAAUGACAACAAAGUCACACAAUUUACCAAAGACAUUGAACCACGACCAAGUACCACAUUUUAUCCCGCUGAUGUCAAAGCCAGACAUUUUACCAAAGAUAUUGAACCACGACCAAGUACCACAUUUUAUCCCGCUGAUGUUAAAGUCGGACUUUUUACCAAAGAUAUUGAACCACGACCAAGUACCACAUUUUAUCCAGAUGAUGUCAAAAUUAAACUUUUUGCCAAGAAUAUUGAACCACGACCUGGUGUCACAUUCUACCCUAAUGACAACAAGGUCAAACAAUUUACCAAAGAUAUUGAACCACGACCAAGUACUACAUUUUAUCCUACUAAUGUCAAAGCCAAACCUUUUACCAAAGAUAUUGAACCACGACCAAGUGUCACGUUUUAUCCCGAUGAUGUCAAAAUCAAACUUUUUGCCAAUGAUAUUGAACCACGACCCAGUGUCACAUUCUACCCUAAUGACAACAAAGUCAAACAAUUUAUCAAAGACAAUGAACCACGACCAAGUACCACAAUUUAUCUCACUGAUACCAAAGCCAAACAUUUUACCAAAGAUAUUGAAGUACAGCAAAAUUUCACAUCUUACCCAGAUGAUACCAACACAAAUGGCGAAGUUGACAUACAGAUGGCACAAACUUAA